GAUGUUUUCCUUUUUGGAUGGUUAUCUUAGUAGAGCGUUCACCGCUAAACAGCCUUUCUUGAUGUUGAAUGUAUUUUUGUCACACUUUUGAGAAUUUCUGGUUCCCUAUUUUGGAGAAGAAUGCCACAGUCUACACUAAUGGAAACUGUCUUCGGGGAACUACCCUUGAGAUAUGUGUACAUCAUCGAGACAUUGAUUGUUAGUCUCUUCUGAAGCCAUCAACCAGUUUUCUGAGUUUGAGUAUCAGUUAAGUGUGUCUGCUCUGGAGGGGGUUGAUGGCGAGGUUCCAGUUGGUCCCGAUCAAAGUGAGCUGGACAGUACUUUUGACUCUGGCCCACUUCACAUACCUGCUGUUUGGAGCCACCAUCUUCCAGAUGCUGGAGCGAGAGGCUGAGAGCAAUAACCGAAACCACUUCCAACUGGAGAAACUGCAUUUCUUGGCUAAUUAUACCUGCCUGGACGGAGCAGCCUUGGAGAAGUUUGUUCAGGUGAUUUUGGAUGCCUGGGAAAAUGGAGUGAAUCCCUCUGGCAACUCAACAAACCCCAGUAACUGGGAUUUCUGCAGCUCUUUCUUUUUUGCUGGCACAGUGGUCACAACUAUAGGCUAUGGAAACCUCUCCCCCAGCACUGUAUCAGGUCAGGUGUUUUGUGUGUUUUACGCACUGUGUGGGAUCCCCCUGAACCUGGCCUUCCUUAAACAGCUGGGGAAGUGUCUCACCAUCUACCUUGGUCGGCUGGAGAAGGGAAUGGUCUCAGUUUUUCCAAAAAAGCAAAUCAUUGAGGCUCUGGCAGUGAGCUUGUUCUUCAUCACUGGCAGCUUGUUGUUUCUGGUCAUCCCUCCUCUGCUCUUCAGCUAUGUCGAGGGCUGGACGUUUGGUGAGGGCUUCUAUUUCACCUUCAUUACCCUCAGCACCAUUGGUUUUGGAGAUUACGUGGUGGGGGCCGACCCGGGCAAGGAGUACAUCUCUCUGUAUCGCAGUCUUGCAGGUAUAUGGAUCAUCUUCGCCUUGGCAUGGCUCGCUCUCAUCCUCAACAUGGCAGGCAGAAUAAUGGAGCUUUUGAUUGGCCUGACUCAUCCAGGCUUUAAGAAACAAGAGGUGGAAGAGGAUGUGUCAUCCAGUGAACCCGAGGACACGUCAAAAAUCUGACAAUGAACUGUAGAUGGGACUAUCAACAUGCAAUGUUCACGUAGAUUUUUGGACAUAAUACACUACCCAGGCCAAAAUAAAAUAGUCACAUGAUCUAAUAUUUCCAUAUAAUAUUUGCCAUCAGGGAAGAACAAAUCCAUUGAUGGAAACACCUGGUCAUUCAGUAUAAUCAGGUAGUCAGCUGACCUAAAUUUUUGGACACACUACAUUGUUGUACCUAGACCUGUCCAACUGAACCAACCCCAGAUCAUAACCUUGUAAGAUAUUUGCCCCAGUGUAUUUGUUCCUUUGUUAAAAGCUUAAAUUCAUGAUCAUGUUUCAUCUUAUCGAGAAGUUGUUUUAUAAAUAUCAUACAAUAGGCUGGAUAAACAUUUAAGGUUUCAUUUGAUGAUUCUACCUCAAUUAAGUCAAAGCAUUGGUACAGUUGACUGUUGGCCUAUAUUUAUAUAACCUUAUUUUUUUAAAGAGCUACCCAGAGAAUAUUUUUCCAGAGCAAUCAGACUCAUUUAGAUAGUGACAUACCUACAGAUCAUGUAGUAUAGGAGUAACCCUGUGGAAUGAGUGAUUAAUCCCAGUUUUGAAUCGGAUUAGCCAAUUAGAGACAAGGAUGUAAUACAUUCAUAUUCAUUUUUUAAACAUACUCUGGAUUUAGUGAACAAUGUUAUGAUGCAAAAAACUUUUAUAACAAGGAGAAUAGUACCACAAUGACAAGUACAGGCAGUGACAAUGCAUGGAUCAUGAUUGUAAACAAAUUCAAUACCAGAUUGUUCCUGUUUGCACUCACUACAAAUCAAUAAAACAAAUGG